UAGUACAGUACACAUUGCAUUUCAUAACACAAAUUCAUUAAUGCCAAUUGUUUUUGCUGAAAUAAUCAAAUAAAAUGAACCUGUCACGACUACUGGCACCCCUGCGGAGCACCACAUGCCCGGUGCGCACCUACGGCAAACACAAUAAGAAGUUCCUCUACAAGGAUGGCCAGAAAUUCGAGGGCAUCACAUACUAUCCCAGGACGCCAGAUCACCAGGACCCACCCGUGGAGCCGGCAAAGUUGUUCCGGGUGCAACGCAUUAAGCCGGUAAAGGGCAAUCCGUACUGGGAAAAGCGCAUCCUCAAGGAUUUGGGCCUGGACGGCAAACAGAGCGACUUUACGGUGGUAAAGAAUAUACCGGAGAACAAUGCCCGUCUGUGGAAGAUCAAGCACCUGGUGAAGGUCACUCCGAUUACGUUUCCGUAUGGCGAACCUACGGCACAAGAUGUGCGGCACACGAUACUCAAGGAGAACGGAGAGUGUCUGGUUACAAAGGACCUUGGACCCGUGGAGGUGCGCCUGGAGGCACGCGGCAAGUUUGACGAGCAGCCCCGUCGACUGGACACUGAUCUGCUGCGCAAGGACGCCCGUCUUAAGUGGCUGAAUCCAUGGUAGUCGU